AUGUUUAGUUGGGUGGUCAAAGUGGUCCCCCAGCCUCCUGAAGUGCCAGAGACUCUUGGAGAUGAUUCUCCCAAGAUAUCUGUUGCUCAACCCCCCAAACACAAAGAGGUGAAGAGUCCGGUAGUAAAAAUCACAGAAGAGGAUGUUUCAGAGGACAGCCAGGCCCAGACUGGGGUAUUGCGCUGGUUUUCAAAUGGUUUUGCUAGUGCGCUGCCGCAGCCUACUGGCUCCCCUCGGCUGAGCAGGGCCAACUCUGAUGCCAGGUCUGUGGGGGAUGAAGAAAGGCCUGGGGUGAUAGGCUGGGUAGCUCAAGGUCUGACUAAAGUGCUGCCCCAGCCUGAUGAGAAGUACAAAGAGGGCAACAACUGUCCAACUGAGGAACCCACUGAGGUCUACAAUGUAGAGGAUGUUCCAGAUUAUGAUCCGCUCCCACACAUCCCAGUGGUGGAGAUGGUCUCAGAGGAUGAGAUGUCGGAGGGGGAGGGCAUGACCUCACCGUUCCCUCCAAAAGUGGUGGACUGGUUAAAGCAGGCAAUCCCCCAACCAGUCAUGCUUCCCCCUGGUGCUGUACCAAUAGAGCCAUCCCCCAGGUCCAACCGAUCAUCUUUGGACAAAAUUUUGUCUCCGCCACCUGAAUCUCUCAGUGGAAUUUCAUUAGAUACUGAUGGUAAGGUGUCAGGUGUGGUUGGCUGGUUUGUGUCAGGACUGGGACUCAGGAUGCCCCAGCCUGUUAUUAAAACCAAGGAUGACGCUGUGAAUGCAGCUGAAGUUCUGCAACAAGCCACACUCAAGCCUGACAUGGUACUGGAAGAUGUGGACUCGGAUAAUGAAGGGCAAAUGAAUCACGAGGCGUGCUCGAUAACUUCAACAGCCUCAGAACAGUCCACAGAGAAGGCACCGCUGGCUGCACAGCAGACACAGUCCACAACAGCGUCUGUGAAAUCCAUUAGUGCCGAUUCAGAGGAGACACCACAGCCGGCACCAGAGACGGUGUGGAGCACCGCAGAAAUGAUAAAAGCAUCUCAAGAGGACGCUGAGACCCAAACAGGUCGCUGGACACCAUUCAUUGACAGCAUCAAGAAGGAGGCAGAGGGGAUAGCCAUGGCUACCAUGGAAGAACGCCUGCUGCUGGAGCGCAUGGAGAUGGCCCGUAUGGCUGAGGAGGUGGCCAGGCAGACGGCUGAGAUGGCCAUUAGACAGAUAGCAGCUGAGGGACAAUCCAUCAAACUCUCACUGGGAAGCCAAGAACUGCUGGAGGAGGAGCCCGAGGAAGAGUUACAGGUGUUACAGACUGAGAAGAGCGAGGUGGAACACAGUCAGAGUUACACUUCAGAAAAAGGAUCUGCUGCUGAGGAAGAGGAGAGUGAGCUUGUAGCCGAAGCCGCCAGGAGUUCCCCACCAGUUGAACCUGAGGAGCCGGACAAAGCAGCGGCUAAAGAGCCAGAGGCAGAGGAGGAGGCAAAGCCACAGAGGACCUCCCGUUCCCCACCCCUACCCACUGUAGCAGCUGAAACCUCUGCACCAAGUGAUGAACAACCAGCAUCAACGAUAACUGGACCCAGGACAGAAGAUAAACCUGUAACCCAGCAACCACAGAAAGCAGAGGACGGUGCCGACCCUGACACUGCUGGUGCUAAAAAGGAGGAGGAGGAGGAGGGUGCCGGGGAGGGCUGUGGUGCCCCGGCGAGCUGUGAUGCACUUAGGAGCUGCCUGAUGCGCAUUCCCCAUGCCUCCGAGUGCUUCGGCAACAUCAGUGCAUUCUUCAAAGAGAACGGCAUCACCCCUCCUAAAAUACCCCCCAUGCCUAAGCUACCCACCCAGCUCUCUGAUAUUACCAAGCACCUACCCUCCCUACCUCCCGAACUGCGCCAAGAGUUCUCCCAGAUCCGAGUUACCCAGGUUCCUCGCAAUAUCGCCCAGACGCUGACCGAGCUUUUGCCCACUGGUUCCACGGGCCUCUCCGUGCCCCCUCAGGUGUCCAAUCUGUCCCAGACCGUGUCUAACAUCCCUCAAAGGCUCUCUCAGAUUCCAAGUCGAACACAACAAUACUUCCUCAAUGUCCAGAAUCGCCUCAACAGCCUCAAGCCCACCUUAGAGCUGCCCAAUGUCCCCUCCUAUCCCCGCCUUCCACCCAUUGUCAGCCCCCCGUCAAAGCAGCUGAGCUCCCCAGCCCAACAGCUGUCAGGUCUCUCUAACCCAGCCUUCUGCAUCGAGGAUGACCCAGACUUUUCAGCUAGACCCGCAGUCAGCUCCAGGCUCAGCCUUCAUCCUGCUGUCAACGUGGAGGAUGUCGACUCAGACCACAAGAGAGCAGGAGGAGGUGGAGAUGGAGAAGAAAGUGGAGGGGUUAAUUUGCAUGGCAUCCCUCAGAUCCUCAUCCCCCAGGACCCCCAGCUGAAGACCCUCACCGUCCCCAUGCCCCCUAAAGGAGGACGUCAGAGUAAGAGGCAGCGCUCUCAGAGUGAGGAUGAUGAUGAUGAAGGAGGCACACCCAUCAGAGCUUGGCCCAGCCAUUCCAGCCUCCACAGCACAGAUGACUUUCUGAAAGAUCGUCCGGCGUCUUCAGCCAGUCAGACUAGCAUGGUAGUCAAUGAACGUCUUCAGGAACUUGUCAAGAUGUUCAAGGAGCGGACAGAGAAAGCCAAGGAGAAACUCAUAGACCCCGACAGCUCAGAUGACGACAGCAUCAUUACCUGUGAGUUGAAGCAGCAGCGGCUUCCUGCUUCCCGCUUCCCACCUGCCCCACUUUACACCUCAGUUCUUCCCUCAGGGCUUUGGGUAUUGGCACCUUGUGUUGUCUGCAAAGAGGUGCUAGCUAACGACAGUAUGAGACCAUGUAAACUCCGGCGUCAUAUUGAUACGAAACAUCCAAGUUUGGUGACCAAGCCACAGGAGUCUUUUGAUAGGAAGCUAAAGGAAUUGCGGUCACAGAAGAAAGUCAUUGACACAUUUAGCACUGUAAAUACCAAGGCAACCGAAGCGUCAUACCGAGUGGCGUUGCGCAUAGCUAAGGCAGCUCCUCCACACGCCCCAGCUCCACCCCCUGCUCCUGCGACUCCAAAAACCCAAGAUGAGGUGAAUGCAAAUGAGAGGGAAGCGAACGUGGGCGGCUCAGGAAAAGCAAUAGGAGGGGAGAGGGAGGCAGGGGAGGUGCAGCCUGGGCAAUGCUGCAAGGUGAAAACUCCCUGGUGGAUAAGAGCCUGUAGGCACUACCGCUUCCCUGCCAGCAUCGACCCUUUCACCAACCUAAUGUACGUGCUUUGGAUGUUUUUGGUCACACUGGCGUGGAACUGGAAUGUAUGGUUUAUCCCGGUGCGCUGGGCCUUCCCCUAUCAGACACCAGACAACAUCUACUACUGGCUGCUGACUGACUACCUCUGUGACCUGGUUUACAUCUUGGACAUCACCGUCUUCCAGCCACGCCUGCAGUUUGUACAAGGAGGGGACAUUGUGUGUGACAAAAAAGAGAUGAGAAAGAAUUACAUGAAAACCACACGCUUUAAGCUGGAUGUAGCCAGUCUUGUUCCCCUGGAGCUGUUCUACUUUAAAACUGGCAUCAACCCUCUUCUCCGGUUCCCUAGGCUGCUAAAGAUCAACUCCUUUUUUGAGUUCAACGAGCGUCUAGAAGCCAUUUUGACCAAAGCCUAUGUCUACAGAGUGAUCCGUACCACCACCUAUCUCCUUUACUGUCUCCAUUGUAAUGCCUGUCUUUUCUACUGGGGCUCAGCCUACGAAGGACUGGGAUCUACCAAGUGGGUGUAUGAUGGCAAGGGCAACAGUUACAUUCGCUGCUACUACUUUGCAGUGAAGACCCUAAUUACCAUCGGGGGUUUGCCUGACCCCACCACUCUGUUUGAGAUUGUAUUCCAACUGAUAAACUACUUUAUCGGAGUCUUUGCCUUCUCCAUCAUGAUAGGACAGAUGCGUGAUGUGGUUGGUGCAGCCACGGCGGGUCAGACCCACUACCGGGCCUGUAUGGACAGCACUAUCAAAUACAUGGCUUCCUACCGCAUCCCAAAAGACGUCCAGAACCGUGUCAAAACCUGGUACAACUACACCUGGCAGUCACAAGGCAUGCUGGAUGAACAGGAGCUGCUGACUCAGUUGCCAGAUAAAAUGCGUCUUGACAUCGCUAUAGACGUCAACUACUCCAUUGUCAGCAAAGUCCCUUUGUUUCAGGGCUGUGACAGGCAGAUGAUCUUUGAUAUGUUAAAACGUCUCCGCUCUGUUGUCUAUCUGCCUGGGGAUUACGUCUGCAAAAAGGGAGAGGUGGGUCGGGAGAUGUACAUCAUUAAGGCAGGUGAGGUACAGGUGGUUGGAGGUCCUGAUGGCAAGACCGUAUUCGUCACACUUAGAGCCGGGUCGGUCUUUGGAGAGAUCAGUUUGCUUACAGUUGGCGGAGGUAACAGGCGAACGGCCAAUGUGAUUGCUCAUGGCUUCACGAACCUCUUCAUUCUAGACAAGAAAGACCUGAAUGAAAUCCUUGUCUACUACCCCGAGUCCCAGAAACUGCUCCGUAAAAAGGCCAGAAAGAUGCUAGCUAAGGGGAAGAAACCUGAGCCAAAAGAAGAGGCUAAAGAGCCUCCCCAGGCCAGGACGGUCCUGACCAGUGCAGAGACCCCUAAACUACUGAGAGCUGCCUUGGAGAUGACAGAGAAAUCCUCUGGACUCAAAGGAGCCCUGGCUAAGGUCAAAGGAAAGAGCAAACAAAGCAACAAGUCCAGUAUUUCAUUGCAGCCCUCGAUCUCGUCCUCCCUCCUCCUUGCCUCUCCAAACUCCAGCUCUGGACCAGACAAAGAAGCAGACACAGCCUCCUUCACACCCACCUCAGCCAACUCAGCAGUACUUCACUCUGCAUCCCGUUGCUACAGUGACAGAGAGGAAACAGCUGCCAUGGACCAAGGCAUGGAGGAAGGCAAGGGGGAGGAAGGGAAAGCAGGGCGGAAGAGGAAAGAAAAGAAAAAGUAG